AUGCAUCUGUAUAGGCCAUCUCCCAUAGCUGCAGCAUUGAGGGCCAAGAGGAUGAGGGGCUCAACCAUGCAGCUACCCCUGUUGGUGCUGGGGCUGCUCAGCCUGAUGACUCCACGUGCCUAUGGCCAGAACCAGAGAUACCAGGAUUUGGUGAAUGGAUUCAUUCAACAAUACAACAAGAAUUCAGGAUCAGAAAACCUCUUUCGUCUCUCAAUCCUGGAUCUGCAGUCUGGAGAAAACAAUGAUCCCGCUACUCCUCGACUUCUGAGCUUCACCAUCAGAGAGACUGUGUGCCCCAAUACUGAAAAUCACAAUCCAGAUGAAUGUGACUUCAGGGAAAAUGGGGUGGUGAAAGAAUGCGUUGGAGCCAUUGCCCUGGAUUCUCCCAAUCCCUCUGCUGAUAUUUCUUGUGAUGGGCCUGAAAAGACCAAGAGAUGUGACUAUUUUUGUAGGCUUGGGGAUGCAUGGAGGAGAUUGAAGGACUUCAUUACGGACAGUCAACUCAAAUGCCAGAGUCUCAACAUCUACUGCCUUUUCUUCAGCAACAUCAAGGUUAUGAAUGCCUAUGAAUGUAUCAUCAGUUGUAGGCUAGUAAAAGAGUGCAGACAGAGCUACGAGUAG